AUGACGCCCGCGCCAAACACCACCGUCCCGAUCGAAGUCAUGGAGGCCAUCCGAGGCAAGAAGCAGCUCUACUGCCUGGCCGCGGACACCAAAAACUGGGCCGAGUUUGAACGCGUCGCCCUGCCCGAAGCCACCAUGGUCUACAAGCACGCCGACGGUAAAAUCAUCACCCACGUCCUCGAGGACGGAGAGAACAGCCAGCAGUUCAAGUUCGACACCCGCGACGAAAUGGUAGCCUUUUUCAAAAAGACAUUGGGGCCGAUGCAGUCAGUCCACAUAGUGGACAGCGGUUCGUUCGAGCGCAUCAGCGACGACGAGGUCAAGGCCGUGUUUGUCAUCAUGGCCUUUGCCGGCCUGAGUACUGAGCUCAAGGAUGGCCACACUACGGCCGGUGGCCAGUACCAUGAGGUAUACAAGAAGGUCGAUGGAGAGUGGUUCUUGAAGAGUCUGGAGUUCAUCAUGUUGUAUCAAAGGUAUUAG